CGGAAGAGCGGAUGAUCUUAUACAGAAAGAUGGAAGUAAGCACCAUCGUUCUACUCAUCUUCCUGUCAACCUCUCUUUUUCUCCCAUCUCAUUCCGAAUCUUCGCCGGGAUGCAAAGCGUGGCUCGCCCAAUCAAUCCCCACCGACAUGCGCCACCUCCCUCGUGUCCCCGGCGUCCUCUCCACCGGGGAUGUCUUCCGGUGGUUGGCCCGGAACUCUACCCAGAGACUGGACGUGACAGCUCAGUACUGGCAGCUGAAUGCCCACCCCGAAGAUCCUCGUUCGGGCGAGUACGGAUACUCGAAAGCAGACAUGCUGAGAUUUGGUGCCCAUGAAGGUUCUAAUGUUUAUAAAGCCCUCCAGGACGCCGCUGAUCGCAAUGUUAGUAUCAGGCUACUGUCACACUUGGGAGUUUAUCCCGACUAUACCACAGAACCAUCCAACCUUGCUUCAGGAAGGCCGAAUGUGGAGAAUGUGACCUUGUUACUGGGUGAAUGGUAUGGGUCUGGCAUAGUACAUACAAAAGUGUGGAUAUCGAAUCGUCGAGAUGUAUAUAUUGGAUCCGCAAAUAAUGACUGGAAGUCCCUCACGCAGGUGAAGGAAGUUGGCAUUUAUCUUGUUGGUUGUCCAAAAAUUGCGAAGAAGGUUGAGGUUUACUUUGACAACUUGUGGAAGCUUGCAUAUCUCAAUUCCUCUGCUUACACCAAAACAGUGUCUGAUCAACAAUGGCAGACCAAUAGAAAAGUUCCAUGCUGGUCACGUUUUCUUGAUUCUAAAGAAAGUUGCAGGUCACCUCUUCCUCAAUUUGUGAGGAUUCCCCAUGUAGCAGGAUAUCCUAUACUGUCCGACCCUUAUAUGUUUAAAAUACCAAUUCAGACUCCUGGACACAAUCAUUCAACUUUGCAGCCUGAAUCCAGCUAUCUAUCUUUCGCUCCUCCAGAGCUAUCAUUUGGCAGAUACCAGGCUGACGAACAGGCAUGGGUAGAUACAAUAAAAUCUGUAGGAAGCGGAGGAACUGUUAGAAUUAGUACCAUGGACUGGCUUGGUCAGUCUCAAUAUUUGAAGCCAACAGUUUAUUGGUCAUCCCUUUCCUUAGCAGUAUCAGAGGUGGUCUUCUCCAAGCAUGCAACAGUGAAGAUAUUGGUAGCAUACUGGGCACAUUUUAUCAAAGGCACUGAUCGGUAUCUGAAGUCUCUCCUCUACACCAAUGCUCUCUGCUCCUCUUCAAAGUACAAUAGAUGCUCUGGAAAAGUUGAGAUCAAGUACUAUAUGGUUCCGGGUUUUAAUUUGACUGGACCUGCCACUCGGAAUGGAACUAGUACGGGAAAUAUUUACCCUGGAUAUACCAGAGUAAACCAUGGAAAGUAUGCAGUUAGUGAUGCGCGAGCCCACAUUGGUACAAGCAAUCUUGUUUGGGAUUACUUUUAUACAACAUCUGGUGUAAGUUUUGGAACAUACAACCCUGCCAUUGUUUCGCAACUUCAACAAGUCUUUGAGGCUGACUGGAAUUCGCCAUAUGCUGUCCCAGUUGAAGAGAUAGAGGGUGGUCAAUUUUAUUCAAGCUGAGUCGUAGUUGAACUUAUUGGUUUGUGCAAGUUCCAAAUCAGUAUAUGAGAAAGCUUGAAAAAAACUGUACAUAAAAUGAGCUGACUGCAUGUGCUUUAUGUGGAAAUGUUAAAAGCUUGGAAACUAUUUCAUUUGAGAACCCAACACCUGGGGAAAGGACUGGAGUAACAAUUGUGAAACUGCUUUGAAAUCUUUUGGAGUUUGCAUGGUUGGUACA